UGUAAUUGCCGAAUGCAGAAACUUCCGUAGUCCCAAUUCAGAUAAAUUGAUCUAUCCAGAAAUACAAAAUCCACACAGUGAAUUUUGGAACUCAGCAGGCCACCUACCUGCUAUUUGGGUCUCUGUGAUAGACGAAUCGGACAACAUUGGUCGUUGUGAAACGUAUAUGGAUCCACAUUACGAGUCAUUUUUGCCUUCUUGGUUCUCCUUUAUGGGACAGGGAGAUUUCAUCCUCUAUCGCAAUGCAGAACGCAAUUUUGAGGUACAUACAAGGCAAUGGGUCUGUUCGGAAUUUGCGGAAACCUGUAACUGUGGGGCUGUUAUUCGCGAUCACAAUGAUGUUAUUGAGUUUAACUGCUGCAAUGAAAACCGUUAUUUUGAUCGCACAACUCCCAUACGAGUUAAAGUACGCAGCGAAAAAAGACUGGCACCAGGAAUAUCGAUCACCCAAACCAUAUCAGGAUUCAACAGCAAGUAUCUGAUUUUGUUCCCUUCAGGAGGGAAAGUAACCAUCGACCGAAAUUCGUUUGGGCUUAAUGUCGUCAUUAUGGUCCCCCGGUCGAAAAGCAUUUCCAAUGAAACCGGUCUAUGUUUGCUCAAUAACGGGCCAAAUGUAACAAGUUUUGCAAAGGGGUACAGAUUGGAACCCUCACAGAGCUACUUCUAUAGACUGCCUGAUCCAGUUAAUGACAGUGCUGUGGAAUACGAGAUUCCUUGCUCUUGUCACAAGAAAGACGAGAAUGGUAAUCCAGAAUGUAUUCAAAAGCUCCCAGUGUACUUUCCUAACGUUAUGGAUGGAACUGGGAAUGUAAUACUGCUCACAGGAAAAUUCAACAAGAAAAAGAGGGACACACAUAUCUCGGACGAUCUCACGGACGAAGACUAUGCGCUAUUUAAGGGUGUGAUAGGUUCAAAUAAGUCACAUAGGCGUAGACGAGCUUUGUCAAGCAAGCGUAACUUUACAAUGGAAAAUGCAACGGAUUACUGCAUGGAAAAGGUGUCAAAAACAGACAUUGGUAACUUAUGCGCAACACUGGGAGUAAAUGUUCCGGAAAUCGUUAUUUCCUGUUCCCUGGACUUAAAGGCGACUGGCGAUCCAGCCUUUGCGAUUUCUGCAAUAUCAGUGCUUUUGGAUGAUUGUGGUCAAAUUGUUGCCAGAAACCUUUCAUCGUAUUCUAAUGAGAGUAAUGGCGACAAACAAGGCAAUUCGAGUUCUUCCAUCUUUUAUAACAUUGCUCAGAAAAUGUGUCCAAAUGAUUGUUCGUUAAAUGGGAAAUGUGUUAAUGGCUCUUGCAUCUGUAACGAUGGAUUUACGGCAAAGGAUUGCGCAAUUUCACUUGGAAACGCACCCAUUAUAUCUAUGUUACAAGGACGAGGUCUCUGUGAUAAGCGCCAACGGCCAUGCAAGAAGGUGACUGUGAUGGGAAGUGGCUUCAUUAACUCGACAAAUGUAACUUGUCACGUGAAAGAAUACAAGGUAAUAAAUAGUUCGUGGACUCCAGACAAAACAAUCCAGCGAUUCCCUGGCGUUAUGACAGAUUUGGUAUUGGUAGAAUGUUAUUUGCCUGAUUCCCCCGUCAAGCACAACUUCUUUGAUGAAGCCGUUGAAGGAACUCCUGCAGCUGGACUCACAAUAUCAGUUUCAAAUGACGGCGAAAACCCAAGUUAUGAUGAACUGUCAUUUAUAUCAUACGACUCUGGUUGCCUGAGUUGCAAUAUUUCUUCACGAUGCUUUCUCAAAAGUAACUCUUGUUUGAUUAAUAAAUACUGCUUCGCCGCAAACGAAAUGAACCCCACUGAUUUCUGUUCUCAAUGUCUUCCGGAUAUCAACAAAAACACAUGGACAAAACGACAAGUAAACCUUGCCCCACAAUUUGCAUCAACCUCUCAGUAUUACGCGGUGUUUCAAGAAACUCUGGAGUUGCCUAUUGACGUUCUUGAUCCAGAAGGCAUGCCCGUGGUAGUUUCUCUCGUGAAUGGAGGUCCAACUGAGGCUAUCAUACGAGAAAACGUUUUGAUAUGGAAUGCUACUAAAGAUAUCAUGACCCAUUUCUUACUCAAAGCUACUGAUGCCUGUCAGGCCGUUUCUUCGCACAAUAUCACCGUAUCUUUAGUCAACUGCCAAUGUCAAAACCAUGGAAGAUGCGUUUCUCAUCCAGAUAAACCAAGAGGAUCGGGUUAUUAUGAGUGCCAUUGCCUUCCUGGAUUUGCAGGAGACAAGUGUGAGACAGACAUCAACGAGUGUGAAUUAUACCCAUGUUUAAGAGGUCGUUGCGUUGAUGGAGUGAAUAAUUUCACUUGCAUCUGCUAUUCAGGAUAUGUUGGAAGGACAUGCAAUGAAAAUUAUGACGACUGCAGUUCUUUGCCGUGCUUUCAUGGUAACUGCACUGACUAUGUCAAUGCAUAUGGAUGCAGUUGUGAGCCAGGAUACACAGGGAAGAACUGUAGCAUUGACAUCGAUGACUGCCAGGCAUCCCCUUGCAAGAAUGGAACAUGUUAUGAUGCUCUUAAUGGGUACACUUGCCAAUGCAACGAUGGUUUCACCGGUUAUGACUGUGAUGUAAACAUUGAUGAAUGCAAGUCUAACCCGUGCAUCUACGGAACAUGUGUGGAC